AUGGAAAAUGGAACCAUGCCUUUGUAUUUUUAUUUAAUUUUGUUCAAGGAAUUUGUUCACGGCAGAUAUUUCAUCCUUAUAUUGACUCUUACAGUUUAUUUAGCAAUUAUAUUGUUCAAUGUCAUUAUUUUAUUUGUUGUGUUUAAAGAAAGAUCUCUUCACGAGCCAAUGUAUAUACUAAUAUCUUGUUUGUCUGCCAAUGAUCUCUAUGGCUCAGCUGGUUUCUUCCCGAGACUAAUAUUUGAUCUCCUUUCUGAUGCAAAUAUUAUUUCCAGGUCAGCGUGUUUUGCUCAAAUUUUUACAAUUUAUUCUUAUGCAAUAUCUGAAUACACUUUAUUGUUGGUGAUGGCAUAUGACAGAUAUGUUGCUAUAUGCAAUCCUUUAAAAUAUCACAGAAUUAUGACCUUAAAUGUAACAGCACUUUACAUAGCAAUAGCAACACUUUAUUCUGCAUUUUCUAUGGGUGUCAUUAUUUUCUUCUCAGCCAGGUUGCCUUUGUGUGGAACUGAAAUAGCUAGACUAUACUGCUCCAACUGGGCUGUGGUUCGACUCUCUUGUGGGACUCCUACUUUAAGCAACAACAUUAUUGGAUUUUUUGUCACAACAACAUCAGUUUUUCUGCCCGCCGCCUUCAUUUUUUAUACCUAUAUCCGAAUUCUGAUCAUUUGUCGAAAAAGCUCCAAAGAAUUUAGGGGCAAAGCAUUACAAACAUGCCUUCCUCACAUUAUAAGCUUUGUUAAUUACUCCAUAGCAUCCUUUUGUGAUAUUGCUUUAAGUCGUUUUGAUUCAGACAAAUACAAAAUUGUGGCUAUAAUCUUUUCAGUAGAAUUUCUGGUAAUGCCCCCUGUUAUCAAUCCUCUUAUUUAUGGCUUAAACUUGCCAGAAAUACGCAAAAGCAUUAUGCGUUUGUUUCAGCGGUCAAAAAUUGCCCAUGCUUCUGAAUAA